GCCGGGCCACCCAUCUGGACGGCUCACAGGGUGGGAGAGCUUUCCCGGGGAAGCCUUGCCCAGUCUCUGCCCUGAGGGCCUCUGUGCCCAUCACUGCAGCAGCAGGCCCAAGAUGCCAGUUGCCCAGCUGCUGCUUCUGACCUGUCUUGUAUGGGGUUUGGAGGCCAGGACGGCCCAGCUCCGGAAGGCCAAUGACCCGAGCGGCCGAUGCCAGUAUACCUUCAGUGUGGCCAGCCCCAGUGAGUCCAGCUGCCCCGAGCAGGGCCAGGCCACGUCAGCCAUCCAGGACUUGCAGAGAGACAGCAGUGCCCAGCGGGCAGACCUGGAGUCCACCAAAGCCCGGCUCAGCUCCCUGGAGGGCAUCCUCCACCAGCUGGCCUUGGGCCAGGCUGCUGGGCCCUCGCAGACCCACGAGGGGCUGCAGAGGGAGCUGGGCACCCUGAGAAGGGAGCGGGAACAGCUGGAGACCCAAACCAGGGAGCUGGAGGUGGCCUACAGCAACCUCCUCCGCGACAAGUCAGCUCUGGAAGAAGAGAAGAGGCGACUGGGGGAAGAGAAUGCGGAUCUGGCCCAGAGGCUGGAAAGCAGAAGCCAGGAGGCAGCGAGGCUGAGAAAGGGCCAGUGUCCCCAGGACCACAGCUCCUCUCAGGAUGUGCCACCAGGCUCCAAGGAAGUUUCUAAAUGGAAUGUGGAGACCGUGAACUUCCAGGAACUGAAGUCAGAGUUAACUGAGGUUCCUGCUUCCCGAAUCCUGAAGGAGAGUCCAUCUGGCCAUCCCGUGAAUGAGGAGGGAGACCCUGGAUGCGGAGAACUGGUGUGGGUAGGAGAGCCGCUCACCCUGAGGAGAGCUGAAACGAUCGCGGGCAAGUACGGCGUUUGGAUGAGAGACCCGAAGCCCGUCUACCCGCACACCCGGGAGACCACGUGGAGAAUCGACACGGUGGGCACGGACAUCCGGCAGGUGUUCGAGUACGACGGCGUCCCGCAGUUCCUGCAGGGCUACCCGUCCAAGGUGCACGUGCUGCCGCAGCCACUGGAGAGCACGGGCGCCGUGGUCUACCGCGGCAGCCUCUACUUCCAGGGCGCCGAGUCCAGAACGCUGGUGCGCUACGAGCUGACCACCGAGGCCGUGAAGGCUGAGAAGGAGCUGCCCGGGGCCGGCUACCACGGGCAGUUCCCCUAUUCGUGGGGCGGCUACACGGACAUCGACCUGGCUGUGGACGAGACGGGCCUCUGGGUCAUCUACAGCACGCAGGGGGCCAAAGGCGCCAUCGUCCUCUCCAGACUGAACCCAGAGAGCCUGGCCCUUGAACAGACCUGGGAGACUAACAUCCGGAAGCAGUCAGUGGCCAACGCCUUCCUCAUCUGCGGCCGCCUGUACACUGUCAGCAGCUACUCGGCGCGGAAUGCCACGGUCAACUUCGCCUACGACCCGGCCACGGGGCGCAGCAAGGCCCUGAGCGUCCCCUUCAAGAACCGCUACAAGUACAGCAGCAUGGUGGACUACAACCCCCUGGAGAAGAAGCUCUUCGCCUGGGACAACUUCAACAUGGUCACCUACGACAUCAGGCUCUCCAGGGUGUGA